AUGGGGAACCUAAUUACAAAGCACAUAAGAAAGCAAUCGAGCCUGGAAAAGAAGUACAAGGGGAUGAACGACGUCCUCCCUCUUGAUGUCAUUCGGCGAAUUUUUUUGAGACUUCUCGCUAAAGAGUUGUUUUGCCUCACAUGCGUCUCCAAAUUUUGGCACUCUCUCAUAUCCGAUCGAGAUUUUGUAGAAUCUCAUCUUAACCAUUCUUCUGUAGCACCCUUUUAUUCAUGCCUUUUCGUAAAUUUUUUCUUUGUGGGUUACUUUGUUGACAUAGACACACUAGCAUUCAAAGAGCUAUUUCUCCCUUUUAGCAGGAAGAAGCGAUCUUUAGAUUUUAGAGUCUUGGGAUCCUGCAGAGAAUUUAUUCUCUUAAACCGGUUCUCACAUUUUCUUAUAGUAUGGAACCCUCUCACCGAAUCCAGCAAAAGAAUAUCUUACUCUCAUGUCGUUUCUCGUAGUAAGAUCCCGGGCCUUAAUUUUCACGAUCAUGCAAUUCUCUUUGGAUUUGGUUAUGAUGCGUUUCAGGAUGACUAUUUGGUAGUUUUAGCUUGGGAUAAUGGAAAGAACUCCCAACUCCACGUAGAUUGCUUUUCGUUGAGAACCAAUUCAUGGAUUAAUUUCGAUGCAGUACUCCCCAAACCCUUUGGUCACAAAAUGUGGCAAUCUCGUGGUUUAUUCUUACAUGGCGCUAUUCAUUGGUUGACUUGCUAUGCUGCUUACAUGAAUGCUAUUCUUAUCUUUGAUUUGAAGGAAAGGAGUUUCUCAAAGACAUCUGUACCGGUAAAGCAUUAUAACGGGUACUCCGAUCUCACCCUAUUAGGAGGGUGCCUAGCCUUAUUUUAA